AAAAAUGCGUUAACACAUUUGCUGAAUGCUUCACGUGUUUCUCGAUUUGUUUACAAUUUUGCUCACAAAAUGAAGCCAUUUGAAGUGCCGCCCUGGGAGGCAGGAGCCGAGAUUAUUGAAUUUAAGCCUGUGAAUCCGUCAGGAAAUGGUGUUGCUGCCGCCAAGAAGCCAAAGAAAAAGAAACCCAGGAAGAAGAAGGCAGCGGCAUCGGGAGAAACUCCCCAAGUGAGCAAGGCACCUGGAAAAUUCAGUUACCGGCAGGGCGGAGGACCUCUGGCCCCGCCCCUCGAUUCCUCGGAUGAUGAUGACGAUGUGGAGGACGGAAUCCGGGCCAUGCACAAGGUGAAAACCGGAAGAAUCGAGAAACAGCGACCGCCAGCGCAGGCCACAAAAGGUGGCAAGAAGGAGCUGAAGCUGAAGCCGGAACUGGCGCAGGCGGCAGUGGAGGCCAUGGAGGCCAUGGAGGCCACUGGCUCCUCCGCUCCGGCUGCCAACUCACUGGCCAGUAAGCUGCAAUCGGAGCUCCUGGGCGGACGAUUCCGGUAUAUCAACGAGCAGCUCUAUUCAGUUACCAGCAAGAAGGCAGAGGCACUUUUCCGCAAGGAUAGCUCCGCCUUCGAGGCCUACCACGCUGGCUAUCGACAGCAGGUGGAGAAGUGGCCCACCAACCCGCUGAACCGCAUCAUCAAGACCAUCAAGAAGGUGCCCAAGACCGCCAUAAUUGGAGAUUUUGGUUGUGGAGAAGGGAAACUGGCCCAAUCCGUGCCCAACAAGGUGUACUCCAUGGACUUGGUGGCGGCCCGUGGUGACAUCAUAGCCUGCAACAUAACGGACACCCCUCUGCAAGCUCAAUCCCUGGACGUGGCCGUUUAUUGCCUCUCUCUAAUGGGAACCGAUCUGAACGAGUUCUUCCUGGAGGCCAAUCGGCUGCUCAAGCUGCACGGCAGCGUCUACAUAGCCGAGAUCCAGUCGCGAUUCGAGGAUGUGCGGGAGUUCGUGCGCUGCUUGAGCGCCUGUGGUUUCGACCUGAUCAAGAAAGAUGUGGCUGUCAACUAUUUUUACUUCUUCCAGUUCAAGAAGAUGCGCCAUGUGCCCAAGAACACCAAGCUAAAGCCUUUCUCUCUAAAGCCUUGCUUGUAUCGCAAACGUUGAGGCUGCAGAUACUGUCUUGUUUCCAAUAGUCAAAACUAUGUAAAUGCUGGAAAUCGAAGUUACCCAUUCUUGACUCUUACAAACUCUCUUCAGUUGUUCAGUUGGAAACUUCAUUGUUGUUUCCACAACUGUAUAAACUUUGAAUUUCGACGAUGUGAAUAGUUUUGGAGCCUGGGACGGAAGCUCUGCUUAUAAGUAGUUACUUUUAUACAUUAACUUAAUGUAGGAACCUUUGCCACCGCAAUAAAUUCUGAAAUCAAA